UUACUUUUAUCCCUUUAUUUUGCAGGAUUGAGACACUUUUCAUUUGGACAUCUUAAAAGCCUUACUGGGGAGAAAAUACAGAAGUCAUCCAGCCCAGACACUAUAAUGGAGAGCGAAGCUAGUGAUACAGAAGACUUUGAUCGAGAUCUCGAACCAUCAGCUUCCAUGAUAGUCCCAGAAUCUAAUGAUCCUGAGCCUGGAGGCUUAAUGUUUUAUCACAUGGAUCUCUAUGAAACAAGGGAAAGAUUAGAUAUCUUUCCUGAAGAGCCAUCUGGCAGAGCUCUGGGUGAAACUGGGGAGGAAUCAGCAAGGAUAGGUGAAGAGUUUCAAAGGCCAGUUGAAAUGGGGUAUGAUGUGGAAAAAGAAGUUGAAGAACUAGCAAAGCUAUAUGGCCUUGAUGAGGACAAAGGAAUAGAGGGGGAGCUCCUUGUUGGGAGUAUAGCUAAAGCUGGCAUUAUAAGGACCAAGGAGACACCUGUUAAAAUGGAAGGUGUAGCAGCAGUGUCAUCUGGUUCUGUGCAUAAUGCACCAAAAAGCCAUUCUCCAAUAAAAGGCUCUCAACCUAAAAAACAAAGCAUGGAGGAACAAAGGCUUCUUGAGAAAGGUUCUCAGGAUGAAAACCAACACUUACAACAAACAGGGAGAGCACGUGAGGAGCUGAACAGUUAUGCAUGCCCCAGAGAAGACCUAAAGACCUAUGGAUUGCAAAAUGAGCCGACUCGUGAGCUAAACAGCAAGGAGGAAGCUGCUGAUAUUUAUUGCUCCACCUGCAAGACCCCAAUUAGAGCUUUCGACAAACUGUUUGGCAAUCACAAGGAUCAUGAGGUGACUGAGCUCACCAAUGCAGCAGACAUUGCAAAGGAAGAAGUUCAUAAAAACAUGUGUAAGCUUGAAGAGCAGAUUGCUCAGAUGGAAAAUGUUGCCAGCCAUUUGGAAGAAAUUUUCAUCACUGUAGAGGAGAAUUUUGGGAGGCAGGAGCAGAACUUUGAGAUACGUUGCAAUGAUGUGAUGCAAACACUUGCUCAGAGAUAUGAAGAAAAGUUGCAAGAUCUUGGGGAAGAGAAGAAGCUAAAGCUGGAAGCCCUGUAUGGACAACUGCUCAGUUGUGGAAAGGAUCUUGACACCUGCAAGGACCUGAUGGAAACUAUUCAGCAGCUGUGCAUUGAAAACAAGAAAGUUGAUUUUAUAAAGGCUGCAGUGGCCCUGGUUGACAGGCUGGAAAAAUUCUUAAAAAAAGAUUUGGAUUUAGAGCUUUCAACACGGCCAGACUUUGAAGACAGAGCCAUAGAUUUCUCUGAUAUGGAACAACUAAUGGACUCCAUUAAUACUGUUCCAGCUCCCUCUGCACCAGUGAUAAAUCCCCAGGCUCCCAAUUCAGCGACUGGCACCUCUGUGAGAGUUUGCUGGGGCCUUUUCUCAGAUGACAGCAUUGAAUGUUACCAGCUUUAUUAUAAACAAGUGAGCGAUGACACACCCAGUGAGGAGCAAGCUGAGCUGAUGACCAAAGUGAAAGAAACAUACCACACAGUUACUCAUCUGGUCCCUAAUACACAAUAUGAAUUUUGGGUUAGUGCUUUAAAUGCAUCUGGCAUCAGUCCAGCUAGUGAAAGAGCAGUUUAUGUAACAGCACCUUCACCACCUAUCAUUAAAAGUCAAGAGAGCCGAAGCUGUGAAAAUGCAGCUCUGAUAUGUUGGGAAUCAGGAAACAUUAAUCCUGUUGAGUCCUACACGGUCGAACUGUCCAAAGUAACAAAUGGAGAGAAUGGAGAUGUUAUUACAGAAUCGAUUGUGGGAAUUCCUAACUGUGAAGCUCUAAUUCAGCUGCAGCCAAGACACAGCUAUCGGAUCUCUGUCAGAGCUGUCAACAUGGGUGGUUCCAGUGAAAGGAGUGAGCCUGUUUCCAUCCACACCACAGGCACUUAUUUCUAUCUUAAUGAAGACAGUGCCCAUCCUUUGCUGUCUGUUCUAGAAGAUGGAUUUACAAUUGCUUGCAGUGAAAUAGAAAACCCAGAAUGUGAUUUGGCAUCCCGUGAUAACAGUUUUACAAGAUGCAUUGCUAUCCUGGGAAGCAUGAUACCAUUCCAAGGAAAGCAUUACUGGGAAGUGGAAGUUGAAGAAGAUAUGGAAUACAGGGUUGGUGUGGCUUAUGAAAACACACACCGGCAUGGGUACCUGGGGGCAAACAACUCAUCGUGGUGCCUGAGGCAUAUUCUCACGCCAUCAAGGCACAAAUAUGAAUUUCUGCAUAGUGGGACAACACCAGACAUUAGGAUUACAGUUCCUCCAAAAAGGAUUGGUAUCCUGCUGGACUAUGACAACUGGAAACUGUCAUUUUUUAACCUGGAUAUUGCACAGCAUCUCUAUACAUUCAACAGUCACUUUCAGCACUAUGUCCACCCUUGCUUUGCUUUAGAAAGGCCUGGCUUCAUGAGGAUCCAUAAUGGCAUUGCAGCACCCACAUUUAUUGCACUUUCAUGAUCUAUGCUCAACGGUUGCUACUCAAGUUAUGUCACAUCUGUGCUUAAUGUAAAUUGACAACAGCCUUACUUUACAAUCACUUCCCCCCUCUCAAGCACACACUCUUUAUGCCUCAGUAAAUGAUGAAAGGCUCACCUACUGCAUGUUCGUGGCACACAACAUUCCUGCGGGAAAACAGUGAGUUCUAUGAACUAAAGACUUGCAGGACUGAGCCCUCAGACUUGUAUCAUUUCUUCUUCAUUCAGUGUGCUUAAGCUCUGAAAGGUUGGUGAGUUUUUUAUCUUAACAGUUUUACAGCAUUAUUAUAAGCUUAUGAACUUCCACAGAAAUGGAGGAAAUACUCCAGAGAUACAAACUAUAAGCAAGGAAGCUGUGUCAUUUUUGGGAUACAGAUUUUGAAUCCUCUGCAAGCUAACAGUAGAAACAAGUUGGUCAAUAAGGAAUUAGUUACAGUAUCAGCCCUGAUCAGGAGGCUGGGGUAGUGUGGGCAUGAAGUUGCAUGGCUGACAGCUCAAAGGUCACAAGUUUGAGGCCACAGCAGAAGUGCUUAUGCUGAGGCCUGUCAGAUUCCAAUGCAUCUGCGAAUUCCAUUAACACCUUGUCAAAAGGAUGGGAGAAAGGACAAGGAAGGUCAGCCAUGAUCUUAGUGGAAAGCUAUACAGAGUACAAGAGGCAUCCUAACAUUUGGUUGCGCGGUUGGCAGCAGGUAGAGACCUACCUUCCCUUUUCAAGGGGUGGCUCCUGUCAGCUGAGAUUUGAUGCAAACCAGUAUUGUUAAAGCUUGUCCAGUCCUCACUUUAGGCCUAAGGAAUUCCAGUAUCUUUAGCCAAUCUUUUUUUUUUUUUUU